AUGGCCGGUCGUCUGCGCAUGAUGUUCCUCGGGCCGCCCGGCGUCGGCAAGGGCACGUAUGCGACGCGCAUCGCGCCCAAGCUCAGCAUCCCCACCAUCUCCACCGGCGAUCUUGUGCGCGCCGAGAUCAAGCGCGACUCGGCGCUUGGCAAGCAGAUCAAGGACUACAGCAGCCAGGGCAAGCUCGUACCGGACGAAAUCAUCUUGACGAUGGUGCGUCAACGCCUUCAGGAGAAGGACGCGCAGAAGGGCUACAUCCUCGACGGGUUUCCUCGCAACGUGAGCCAAGCGAUUGAAUUCGACAAGAUUGCGACGCUCGACUCGGUCGUGAACUUUGAGCUCCCCGAGUGGGUUCUCAUUGAGAAGCUCAGCGGCCGCCGCGUCUGUGACUCGUGCGGCACGGGCUACAACGUUGCCGAUAUCAACAGCGGCGAAUACGUCAUGCCGCCGUUGCUUCCCAAGGCCGAGUGCACGUGCGACAAGUGCGGCAGCAACAAAAUCGUCCAGCGCGCCGACGACACGCUUGAGGUCGUCAAGCACCGGCUGCAAGUCUACACGGACGAGACCGAGCCGCUUAUCCAAUACUACACCGACAAGGGCAUUCUCAAGAGCUUCCACGUCAAGAAGGGCCUCGCGGAUCUUCCUCGCAUCAACGCCAUGCUCGGAAUUCCGGAAGAGAGCAAGUUCCAAGCGACGAUCGAGAGUGCGAAUGCAGCGCUGACAGCGUUGGGGCUUACACUCACGUUUGGCGAUUACAUUUUCGCGUCGGACUCGCACUCGUCCUCCAUCGACGACCGGAUUGCUGACCUGCAUGCUGCGUUUCGCGACGAGACCGUCGAUGAUAUUAUUCUCACGGUCAUUGGCGGCUGCAACGCCAACCAGCUUCUCAGUGCGCUCGACGAUGACCUCGUUCGGUCCCAUCCCAAGGUGUUUUGCGGCUACUCGUACAUUACGGCGCUUCACAAUGCGUUCUUGGCCAAAGCCAACCUCGUCACGUUCAGUGGUCCGCACUACUCGACGUUUGGCAUGACGCACGGCCUCGACUUUACCAUCCAAGAGUUUGUCCGCGUCCUUUUGUCGACACCACCGGGCAUUGAAGUCGCGUACGCGCCAAGCCCUACGUGGCGCAACGACCUUUGGUUUCUCGACCCGACGCCCAAAUGCGAGUUUGAAAAUACCGCCGGCUUUGAGAUCGUCCGCAACGGCGUCGGGUCCGGCACGAUUCUCGGUGGCAACCUCAACUUGCUCCGCGGCACGCCGUACUUUCCAUCCCAGUUUACCGAUGUUGUGCUCUUUCUCGAGUGCACGGGCGCCAACGAUUACGCGACUUUUGACCAGCUUGUGCAAGCGCUUCUGCACAUGCCCGGCUUUGCCGCGACGCUUCGAGGUAUCGUGGUCGGUCGCUUUGAGCUCGAUUCCAAGAUGGGCGCAACGGCAUUGGAGACGAUCUUUCGCAUCAAAUGCGAGCUGCCGCCGACGCUGCCCAUUGUGUACGGCGUCGACUUUGGCCAUACGACGCCCCACACGCUGAUUCCGAUCGGGGGUCCUGUACGCUUGACACGUGCGGCGAUGUGCCGUACCUUGGCAUGGUGUGGUACGACUAUAUGGUAGUUCAGACGGGUGCAUUUGACGUUUAACCCUAAUUAAAUGAGCCGUUUCAUCGCGCUUCUUCCUUGUGUUCUUUGUGGCACAUGCCGAGCGUUGCCUUAUUAUGGUGACCUUCUUCAGUGACAUUCGUUUCCGGAUGGGGGGGAUGUCCGGAUAGAAAGAAUCGGCGCGUCGGGAUCGAACCGGCGACCUCUGGAGGUGGAAGCAGGAAUCAUACCGCUCGG